AGUUGCUACCGCCAAUGCUCCUAAUUUUACCACUCAAGUCAAUGGAAUCCCGAUGCUUAAUGGAACAAAUUUCAAGUCUUGGAAAGAGGCUGUAGAAAUUGUUUUAGGAUGCAUGGAUUUAGAUCUGGCAUUAAGGACGGAGCGACCCACUUCCACUCCAGAAAACUCUAAUGAGGCGAAAAUUGAGAAGUGGGAUCGGUCCAACCGGAUGUGUCUAAUGAUUGUGAAGCGCACCAUUCCUGAGGCGUUUCGAGGCUCAAUUACGGAGGGUGAGAAUGCAAAAAGGUUUCUAAUGGAAAUUGAGCGAUUAUUUGCCAAGAAUGAAAAGGCUGAGACAAGUAGCCAUUUGGCUAAACUUGUCUCUAUGAGGUAUUCUGGCAAAGGAAACAUUCGUGAGUACAUUAUGGAGAUGUCUAAUCUCGCGUCAAAACUCAAGGAACUAAAGUUAGAGCUACCUGAGGAUUUGCUCGUUCACUUGGUUUUGAUCUCUCUUCCGGCCUACUUUGGGCAAUUCAUAGUGAGCUAUAACACUCAAAAGGACAAAUGGUCCCUGAAUGAGCUUAUAUCUCAUUGUGUGCAAGAGGAAGAGAGGCUGCAGAGAGAUAAGACAGAGAGUGCUCAUUUUGCUUCAACAUCUCACAAUAAGAAGAGAAAGAAGCAUGUGGUUGGUGCGGAAAAUUCUUCAAAGAAGAAGGCGAAGAAACAAGGUGAGGCAUUUGCUUGUUUUUUCUGCAAGAAAUCUGGACACACAAAAAGGGAGUGUUCUAAGUACGCCGCUUGGCGUGUGAAGAAGGGUUUGCCUGUGGAGUCGUCCACCAAAUGAUGCUGAAAAGUAUAUUUAUGUUGGUGAUGACUGAUGACAAUAAAGUGAAGUUCAAGCUAGAAGAAUUUUUGAAUUAUCU